AUGUGCUUAAAUCUUGAUCUGCUGAUGAGCAUAACAAUUCUGAGUAGUAAUUACUUCAGCGUAAUAUAUUCAAAUGCAAUUCUGGAAAAACCGAUCGUUACAUGCGAACCAGAAAGAAUUCAUAUUCAAAUCCAAACGAAUGAAUCAAAUCCGUCGCAUAUUUAUGCAGAAGACCAUAUUGGUGAUCCGGAUUGUGCCACUAGGGACGCAAGUCAGCUCACAUUGCUACUCGGAAAUUGUGGUAUGACAAUCAAGAAAACGAAAAACCCGUCGUCUGUCAUUUAUAAGAUUUGCAUAACUGUACAGCUACACCCGGUUUUCAUCACUGAUAAUGACCGUUCCUAUUGCGCCCAAUGUGUUUACCUGGGUACAGAUAUCAUUGAGGAUUUUCAACAGUCACUUUCAGUAAGCGAGUCGGCAUCAUCUGAUCUAGAGCCAAAAUUUGAUCUGGUAACACCUAGAUGCAGUUACCAGAUCAGGCGGAAUUCAAUCGAUGGACCGCUUAUACGUUACGCAUUAGUUGGAGAAACUGUUUAUCAUGUUUGGAAAUGUUAUGGUGAAAACUUUCAAAUACUGGUACAAAAUUGUUAUGUGGAAGAUGGCGAAGGAAAUCAUAUUUUAAUUAUCAGUGGUGACGGGUGCGGUGUUGAUCAGUAUAUUCUGCAAACUCCUGUAUAUUCACUCGACCGACGAACUGCUUCACAAGUGAUGCAUGUUUUCAAGUUUGCCGGGAAGGCAAUAACCCGUUUUACUUGUGAAAUCCGUAUUUGUGUACCGUCAAGUGAUAAUUGUCAUUUAUCUGCACCAUAUGUUCGAUGUCCAAGAAGAGAAGAAAAUGAUAGAGAGAGCAACAAUUCGAGCGGUGCAUUUAUCCCGAUGAUACCAGUAAACGGAACAUCAACAGCAGAUGCAGCACAAGAAAAAUCAACCGAAAUAAUAAUAGGUAAGGGAUCCUGGAAUGUAACAACCAGAAAGCUCAACUUGAUAACACCGCCACAACAUUUACUGUCAACGACAACGAUCACAGAAUCAUCGGAUAUAGAAGAACCGUUUUUUAUAUCGGCAACUGAUAAUUAUGGGUUUUAUUCGGAGAGUAGCGAUGCGAUGCCCCCAUCCGUGCAACCACUACCAAGGAACUCUGAAAAGGAAAUACAAGUAGAACCUAGCAUUUAUGAACGACGAGCAAAACGAAAUUCCUUCACAAAUAGAUUAACAAAAAAAGAUGCUUUUUUGGAUUCAUCAAAAAAAAAUCAUUAUUCCUCAUAUGACGUAAGUGGUGUCAUAACAGUUCUUGAGUCACCUGAUCAAGUUGCCUAUUUUGAAAAGAAAUAUCCACCAACUGGAACUCGUCACGACACAACUAUUCUUGGCAUUACAGAUACUGUGAGGCGCUCUUUGGUGAAAUGCAUGCCACAGCUCAUUUUCUUGGCUCUAAUCGGAGUUAUCGUCUUAUCAAUUAUCUUAAUAUCAGUGACUAUUUCAUGCAUCACUCAUCACAGAUCUUGUAAUCACAUCAUAAUUUCUCGUACUAAAAAUGGUGAACUGUGGCAUCAAAUUCAGAAUCGCUCAGUUUCAUUCUAG